AUGUAUUUAAGCUUCUUUUUUUUUUUUCUUUUUUUUUUUUUUUUUGUGUGUGUGCGUUAUUUCAUUAUACCUUUCAUUUUAACACGUUUUUUAAGAAAUAAUAACUUAAAUUUUUGUAACAUUUUCUAUGCUUUUAUGGAUAUCAUAAACCUAACUAGGAAUUUUAUAGUCGGUACAUCAGAAAAUUCACCAGAACCAGAACAAAAAACGGACGAAUGGAGACAAAAUGAAUGGAAUAAAUGGGAAGAUAAAUUAGAAGAAGAGUGGGGAAUUUUUGAUGAAAACUUAGAAGAUGAAACAGAUGAAUUAAUAAAAAUAUGUGAAAAUGAAUGGGACACUUGGUUCGAAGGUAUCAAAAAUAAAUGGACACAUUUUAGCGAAAAUUUAGAUGAUCAGUAUAAAAUUGAAGUUUUAGGAGAAUCUUUAAAAUGGAAUGAAUCAUCUUGGAAAUUUUGGAUUAAAACAGAUGGCAGAGAAAUUAUACAAAAAGAUUUGAAUAAUUGGAUUGCUUCAAAAGAGUCCUAUUUGUAUGAGUGGGUUUCUAAUCAAUGGGUUAAAUGGAAAAGUGCAAAAUUACAAGAAUGGUUUAAUAGCAAAUGGAAACUUGAAGAAAAUGAAUAUUGGGAAAAAUGGGAAAAAAAAUUCAAUAAUUUAAAAAAUCAAACCCAAGAGGUAAAAUCAAAAGAUUACGAUAAAUGGCUCGACUGGAAAAAUAGGACAAAACAAGAAUUUGAUCAAUGGCAUGAAUGGGCAGAAUUUAAAGAUAACAUUUAUAUAAAUCAUUAUUGGAAAAAGUGGAAAAAAUGGAAAAAUAAUAAACGAAAUUUGUUUUACGGUUGGGUUGAUUCCUAUGUUCACAAGUGGAUAAGAGAUAAUAAAUGGAUGGUGUUAGUCAAAGAAAUAAAGGAAUUAACUGAAACUGGAGAUUCAUGA